ACACAAAUUUUACACCUCUCAUUUCAUUUCACUUCUCUCUCCAUCUCUAAAAAAAUCAGUUUCUCUCUCUAAAAAUCUUAAAAAAAAUCAGUUUCUCUCUCUAAAAAUCUAAAAAUCUAAAAAAAUUUGCUGUCUUUCAGAGACUCUGCACUUAACCCAUCACCACCACCACCACCCCCAGCUCUCUCAAUUCCCUAUAACUUGUCACCUUUUAGUCAGAGAAUCCUCAAAAACAAGUUACAAGAAUACAUGAUAGUAUUAUCCUUAAAAGUAUUUAUGAGUUUAUGAUUGUUUCAUGCAACUCAAAUAAAUCAUCAUCACCGUAAAAAUAAUAAUAAUAAUGGCUAAUUUUCCUCCUCCUCAUCAUCAUGGUUUCUUGUUCCAGUCCCAAGAUGACCAUGAUCAUCAUCUUCCUUCUCCUUCUUCACUCAGUUCUCUUCCCUCUUGCCCUCCUCACCUUUUUCCUGGUGGUGGAGCACAUUUCUUGAUGAAGAGAUCAAUGUCAUUUUCCGGGAUGGAAAAGUGCGAUCGAGAAGUAGUGCCCGGAGAAGACGACUUGUCGGACGACGGAUCGCAAUUAGGAGAAAAGAAGAAGAGGCUCAACUUAGAACAAGUGAAGGCCCUCGAGAAGAGCUUCGAGAUAGGCAAUAAGCUUGAACCUGAAAGGAAAAUGCAGUUGGCUAAGGCUUUAGGGUUGCAGCCAAGACAAGUUGCAAUUUGGUUUCAAAACAGAAGAGCUAGAUGGAAGACAAAGCAGUUGGAGAAAGAUUAUGAUGUCUUAAAGAAACAAUUUGAUGCAAUUAAGGCUGAUAAUGAUGCCCUUCAAGCUCGUAACAAGAAGCUUCAAUCUGAGCUAAUGGGUUUGAAAGGAAGAGAUGGGACUGAAAUAAACCUGAAGAAAGAGACUGAUCAAGGUUCAUGGAGCAAUGGAAGUGAAAACAGUUAUGAUCAUGCAAACAACAACAAUGAAAGAUCAAGAACUCCAGUUACUACAACAAGCCCACAACAAUCUUCUCAUCAACUUACUACCAAACAUCUCUUCUCAACAUCUGUAAGACCACCGACCAUGGCUCAUCUUCUUCAGACAUCAUCAAGAUCAUCAUCAGAUCAUCAUCAUAGUCAUCAUCAUCCACUGGUUCAAGAAGAGAAUUUGUGCAACAUGUUCAAUGGAAUUGAAGAGCAGCAAGGGUUUUGGCCAUGGCCUGAGCAACAGCAGCACCACCCUCAAUUUUCACUCAGCCAAAUUCAUCAAUUCUCUAAUAAUUAAUUUAUAACAUUGCAUGCAAACAUAUUAAAUAAUUAUGUGAAAUUAAAUUUUCAUUGAGAGUUAAAAUUUAAUUAUAAGUAGGAGUUAUUUUUGUUUUUGUUUUUGUUUUUUUUAUCCAAUUUGCGUUCUUGUUUUGGUUGUAGAGUAGUUCGUGUAUAGAGAAUAUCAGACCUAAAAGAGAAAAACAUUUCUUA